UGUGGGGAUCAGAAGCGCUCCGGUUGAUGACGGUCAGGUUUCAGAGUGUCGGGGACUGAAAUGGAGUCGGAGUGGAGCUAACACACACACACACACACACACUCACACACACUUCACCCUCAUAGCGCUCAGUGUCCGACCGGGAUUCACGGCCAUGGGGGAGCAGCCGAUCUUCACCACUCGGGCUCAUGUCUUCCAGAUCGACCCCACCACCAAGAAGAACUGGGUUCCUGCCAGUAAACAAGCCGUGACCGUGUCUUACUUUUACGACAGCACACGCAACAGCUAUCGCAUCAUCAGUGUGGAUGGGUCAAAGGUGAUCAUUAACAGCACCAUCACCCCCAAUAUGACCUUCACGAAGACGUCACAAAAGUUUGGUCAGUGGGCCGACAGCCGCGCAAACACUGUGUUCGGCCUCGGGUUCGCCACUGAACAACAGCUGGCCAAGUUUGCUGAAAAGUUCCAGGAAGUGAAGGAAGCGGCUAAAAUGGCACGAGAGAAAUCUCAGGAUAAAACUGACGUGUCCAGCACCCACUCACAGGAGUCUGGCCGUGACACUCCGCUGUCCAAUCAGGCAUCGAGUAUGAACGGGACAGACGACGAUAAAAUCUCACACACGCCUGAUAACACAGUGCUGAUGAGCGAGAACAACCGACUGAAGUCUGCUGUGGAGCAGAGCACUAAUCAGUACGAGUCGGAGCUGCAGGCUCUAAAGGAGAGUAACGCUCGGCUGUCGGACGCGCUGCAGGAAGCAAACACCAGUGUGGAAAAGUGGAAAGCACACACCUCUGCAUGCCAGGAGGAGAACACCAUACUCAAGAACAAGAUUGCAGACCUUGAAACAGUGUGUAAGGAGGUGAAUCAAGAGAAGGAGAAAACCGCUCAGCUAAAUACCCGAGUGCAGAAACUUGAGAACGCAUUAAAGGACAAAGAGCAGGAGCUAGAGAAUCUGAGGAAGCAGGCUGAGAUAAUUCCACAGCUCAUGUCGGAGUGUGACACUCUCAAUGCUAAGCUACAGGCGGCCGAGCUGACCAAUCAGGAGGCUCGUGGGCGUGUGUCAGCGCUGCAGGGUGAGCUGAGUGAGGGAGCGCAGAGACACGGAGCCAUGAAGAACGAGCUGAAGAAGUUCAUGGAGCUGCUGGAGGGGAAGAUCGACGAACUGCACGAGGUCCGCCAGGGACUGUCUCACCUGGGCAUGGACAACUAACACACACACACACACACACACACACACAUAUACAGAGUAUCUCAAUAUUUAGGGAGUGACAGCCAUAAAUCUUUAUAUUACACACACACACACACACACACACACACACACACACAUCAAUAUUUAGCAGGUAAAGAGUAUAUUAUGGCUUUGGACGAGCAACACACACACACACAAACUUAAACACUACAGUGAAUACACUAAUUAAUGUGGUGAUCUCAGGGUGCUGGUGAAACACACACACACACACACACACACACACACACACACACACACACACACACACACUUUUCAAUGUCACAAAGUGCCUGAGGGUAUCUUUUGUCCCUCUAACCUCACUCACCCUCUACAGACAGUACACACACACACACACACACACACACACACACACACUCUUGAGUGCAAUACAGGAUAUGAGAGGGGGCGGGGCUUUCUUUUCAGUACACUUUUAUAUCUAACUGUUUUGUUGGUUUCUGAACUCGAUGCUGUGAAUCUCCUCUGAUUAGUGUGUGUGUGUGUGUGUGUGUGUGUGUGUAACCACAGUGUUGUGAAUG